UUUAUUUCUCCUUGAAGACGCGCGCGUGGUAGAUCAAGCAGACGAACUUAUGGUAUCGCCGAGUGACCUACUUAUUAUGUUUAUUAUUUUGUAGAGAAUUCAUUUGUUUUGUUCAAGCCAGCACAUUACGACACUUCGUGUGAUUGGACAUCAAGAAGUCAAGAUAUCAGACACGUCUUCUGAUUGGACAGCAAGAAAACGAGAUGCCAGAUAGAAUUCACAGACCGUAUUUCGAUUUCAGUGAAGAAUUAAAUUUCUUUUGGACUAGCCUAAUUUUACUACUGUUUGUCUCCAUGGUUACAUUUCUCCGAUACGUAUUUUUAAAUUCUCUUAUAACCUGCUGGACCCCUGCCCAGUUUGAAUUCCAACACAAUGUUUACACUCAUCAAGAAUGCUGGAAUCAAGACCGUGUCAUGGUAGAUGGAUUUGAUAAUUUAAUGCCAGACCACGAAUUUCGACCCAAUUCGUUCAAUGAUAAGACGUUUCAUCGAUGGAUUCCGAUAGUUCUUGUUUUCAUGAUGUUAGCAUUCCAGAUACCACGUGCUUUUAAGAUCAUGACUGAUCUGCUUUUAGGAAUACCGACCGCCAUGGUGAGAGAAGACAUUGGUACUAAUUCAAGAGCAGACAGAGCCCAAGAACUGGCCGAUACAAUUAAAGAAGCCGGGGAGAGGAACCGAGUUAUUCGUACGAUGAUAUUUUUUCUGGUCAAAAUUCUCGUCGGCCUCAACAUCAUCAUUCAGAUAUCAUUUGUCAAGUGGUAUUUUCGGGAUUCUGUUCAAAUUAUUGGUCGUGAUAAUGAAACCUUGGUCACUCCUGUCCAUAUGUUUCCUAAAACAAUCAGGUGCCAUUUCGAAAUACGACAAGUCCAAAACGUCCAUGAAUACCUCGUACAAUGCAAGAUGCCGGUCAACUAUUUACUUGAACAGUUUCUUUUUAUUUUCUGGUUUUGGCUUUUGGGCGUUGGUAUUUACACUGGCCUCGUUUUCAUCACCCAGUUGGCAUCGCUUAUUAUCCCGCCAUUUGUCAGACUUCGAUUCCGUGGAAUUAUUCCUGACAAAUAUCUGAGUCAAAGAGGUUUUUGUUUCGACGAUGCGUUGCUGUAUUUGUGGGAUGUUGAGCAUAGUUCAGGAUUAAGCAUGGCCAGAGAAGUUGCUGUCAAAUUAUGGAACCCUCCACCACUCGUUCAGCCAGGAAUUGGGGCGCAUAACCCGCACAUGGUUCAAAACCCGGUUCAUAAUGAAGCCGUUUGCUCAUACAAUCCACAGAGCAUUCCCAUGAGAACACUUGAUUCAGGCGGAACAAGUUCGCAACCCCUUUUAGAUCCGCGUCUUAACAAAACCUAAAACAUCCGGUUCGAUUUGAGAUGUUCGUGUCCCAAAAAGGACACUGGACGCCCGUGGAAGACUAACCGUUUGAUGGCCUGUCUAUACAUUCACAACAAAAGGUUUUGACUAAAUUUCAUUUUCAAGGACCUGUGAGAGGGUUUCCCAAAUUUUUUAAAACGUAGGCUGUCUUUGCUCUGGGGAUACGCUAAUUGAUUUACGUCUUGAAUUGUGAAGUUAUGAAUUUAGAAAUGUUGAAUUUGGAAAUGUUGAAUUAAGAACUUUGAAUUUAAAAUUCCUGGAUUUAGAAAUCUCGAAUUUAGAAAUCGUUGGAUGGAUUUAUGAAACAUGAUUUACUGGACGAUAUGAGUAAACGACACUUUAUGAUUAAAUACAUUUUGUACUGAUAUUUUUCUCGUGACCACGGUUCAUUGAGGAACGGCGACACUUUGAUAAUUUUUUCACCCUUAAUUCACUGAUAUUUCUUUGAUAAGCAAUCUGAUUAGAAUACAGAUCUAUAUUUCGUUUCGUUUUUUAUACUUUCGAUGGCCUGCACUACAUGAAGAUCUGACAAGUUAUAGUGGGAGUUCACGUCAGGGGUCAAGUAAGUGGCUUUUGACCCUAUGAAGUCAGGCAUUGAUUAAUCAAUCAGCGUUGACGUUUCUAGUAGUAUAACGCCUGUUAUAUAACAACUCCUCCAGCUCCUAGUGUAGUAAAGUUAAGUAAAACGAAAUUUUGAACUAUAAAAACGAAACGAAAUAGGAUCUGCCUUUUGAUCAGAUUGUUUGAUAAACAUGAUGGUAAUUGCUUUUGUUCAAAAUUACGAGGGAUAGAAUCGAAAUCGACGCGCUCUGGAAGACCAUCAAAUUAUGUUAUUUGGAAAUAUUGCUUGCUUUCAUAUAAUUUGAUAAUGGUGUAAAUGCAUGCUUUUAUAUAAUUUGAUAUUUACAGCUAAUCAUGUCAUGUUGAAGUAUUUUUUAUAUAAUUUGAUAUUUACUGUUAAUGACGUGAUGUUGAAAUAUUGCAUGUUUUUAUGUAAUUUGAUAUUUACUGAUAGUUACGUCAUGUUGAAGUAUUGCAUGUUUUUAUAUAAUUUGAUAUUGAUAGAUAGUGACGUAUGUUGAUAAUUACACAAAAUGUGAAAUUUACUGAUAUUGACAUCAUGUUGAAAUGUUGCGUGUUUUUAUAUAACUUUUAAAAUAUUUACCGAUAAUGACAUCAUCUUAAAGUUUUGCAUUUUUGUCCCCCGCCUUUCGAAGAAAGCAGGGGACUAUUAAAAUGGGUUCGUCCGUCUGUGUGUCCGUCCGUCUGUUUGCCCGUCUGUCCGUCUGUCUGUCCGUCACACUUUUUGGGACACAAUAACUCUCUUCCUAAUUGAGCUAGAAUGUUCAAACUUGGUGUAUGUGUUUAUUAGGUCAAUGCCUUGAUGGAGUUCGAAGAUGAGCAUUUUCCGCUUAGGGUAAGCAGAGAUAAGCAAUUUGAUUGGUUGAUGCUUUGGGACACGAUAACUCUCUUCCUAAUUGGGCUAGAAUGUUCAAACUUGGUGUAUGUGUUGAUUAGGUCAAUGCCUUGAUGGAGUUCGAAGAUGAGCAUUUUCCGCUUAGGGUAAGCAGAGAUAAGCAAUUUGAUUGGUUGAUGCUUUUCCGCUUAGGGUAAGCAGAGAUAAGCAAUUUGAUUUGUUGAUACUUUGGGGCACGAUAACUCUCUUCCUAAUUGAGCUAGAAUGUUCAAACUUGGUGUAUGUGUUGAUUAGGUCAAUGCCUUGUUGGUUGAUGCUUUAGGACAAGAUAACUUUGAUAGAGAGUGAUGAAACUUAAGUGUAUAGUUGAUAAUCAGUUUGAUUGCUUGAUACUUUAAAAAAAAUAAAUGUGCGAUAAAUUAAUGUGUCAUCUAUUUAUUUUGGUAUUUUGGCGGGGGACAUCAGCCUCACUGUUGGCUUGUUUAAAUAUAUAUAUAUUGUCAUGUUGAAAUAUUGCAAAUUUUAUAUCAUUUAGUAUUUACUGAUAAUGACGUCAUGUUGUUAUAUUGCAUGCUUUAAUAUAAGUUGAUAUAAGCAGGUUAAACGUUUACUAUUAAACAGCUAUUCAUCAGUU